AUGAAGUUGAUUAUUGGAACAUUUGGUAAUGAUGUGUAUCUUGCUGACUUUGACCGUACAUCGGGGAUAUUGACUCACGCUGGUAAAAGCUCGUUCGGUUCGGCUGCAACUUGGAUAUUGGACAGUCACCAAAAAGGCUUACUAUAUGCCACUGACGAAACAACUAUAUACAGUGGCUCGGGGGCCUAUGAAACAAGUGUCGGGGCAGUAAUUGCUUUCAAAGUUGAUUUCAGCAAUGAAAAGUUGCCGUUGACCAAAACUCAAAGUGUACUGUCAAAGGGAAAAGACCCCACACACCUGUUCGUCACCUCCGGUUCAGAGAACAAUUUACUUUUUGUAGCCAAUUACAAUGGAGGCACGGUAGCCAGUUAUAACAUUGAUGCUACCGGGCUAAUCUCCGCAGAAAGUAGCUCUGUGAUUGACUUGAGUAAAGACUCGAGCUUUCAGGUAGGACCCAGAAAGGAUCGUCAGGAAUGGAGUCAUCCUCACUGGAUAGGUCAACCGCCGUUGUGCAAGAAUAAUAUAAUUUACUUGACAGAUCUUGGUCAGGAUAAAAUCUUUCAGUACGAGAUAUCAAAUGGCAUAUUGAAACCUUUAGAAGUGCCAUUUCUUUCGGCUGCCAAGGGAGCUGGUCCUAGACAUAUUGCAUUUCAUACCACCCAGCCCUUGGCAUACGUUUUGAAUGAACUGGAUUCCACAUUAUCUGUUUAUGAGUAUGACGUUCACACUGGUCAGUUGAAGACUGAAAUUCAGAAGGAGCCUACUGUGUCAUCGAAUAUACUCCACAAAACAAACCCGAGCGCAAUUCGGGUCGAUAGAGAGAAUCGAUUUGUUUAUAUCACAAAUCGUGAUAUAUCCAGUGACAAGUCAGGAAAUGACUCAAUAACUGUGUUCAAGAUUAUUACAACCGGUGUGACCCAUGUCCAAAAUAUAUCAAGCGGUGGUUAUUUCCCUAGACAUGGUGAUUUGUCUCCAGAUGAGAAGUGGUAUAUAGUCGGAAAUCAAGGAAAUGACCGAGUGGAUGUGUUUUCACGACAAUAUGAUACAGGCCUUUUAGAGUGGAGAUCUACUUUAAAAGGGAUUGAGAAGCCGGCUUAUAUAUAUUUCCACCAAGAAUAA